AUGAUCUUCGGCCAGCUUACCACCAAAAUUAUAAACAAGAAAUUCGGCAUGGAGCUCAAAAUAGGACUUAGCACUGAUUCAUACGGCGAAAGGACCGUGUAUGGCGUCAGCACUGACAAUGACAUUGGCAAGAGGGCAAGCUGGGAGUUCACACACCAGUGGUACCUUCAACCAGUGGUGGUCAAUAAGGAGCUCUUGUUCUACAUUAUCAACCGAGAGUACGAUGAGCUCUUGAAGCUGUCCCAAUCCCCGGACUCGGAUGGCGACCGAGAGGCUUUUACGCACGGCGAAGAUGCGUCUGGUGAUCCUGAACGCUUCGGAUGGAAGAUCGAACGUUACUAA